GUAGGCACCGGUCCAUCUGGAUCUACAACGGCACUGCUGCUAGGACGCCUUGGCAUCAAAACAUUGGUGAUAUCGCGUCACAGAUCAACAGCAAACACGCCCAGAGCUCAUAUCUUCAAUCAGAGGGCCAUGGAAGUUCUUCGAGACGCAGGGUUGGAGGAGGCGGUGAAGCCGUAUGCGAGCAGUGCUCAUCACAUGAUGCAUUCGUCUUGGCUACACUCUCUGGCUGGCGAAGAGUAUGGAAGACUUUGGGCUUGGGGUAAUAACCCAGCACGACUCGGAGAAUACGCCAUGGCAAGCCCUUGUGAGAUGUCUGACUUACCGCAGAGUAAAUUAGAGCCCGUCCUAGUAGAACAAGCGACAAGACUAGGAGCAGAGUAUCGUUUCUACACCGAAUUUUUAUCACAGACGACUCUCGCUGAUGGACGAGUUGAGACAACUCUCAGAGACCGGAAGACUGAUCGGACGUACAAGGUGCGCUCUGACUACCUGAUCGGAGCCGAUGGCGCGAGAAGCUCAGUACUGGAUAGUUUAGGCAUCACCGUGGAUGGCAAGCAAUUGAACACUGCCUUCAAUGUUCACAUCAAGGCCGAUCUCACAAAAUACAUUGCCCACAGGCCCGGCUCCCUGAACUGGAUCCUCAACCCAGAAGCCCCAGACUGGUCAGCCGUUGGUAAUUUCCGCAUGGUCACUCCUUGGACCGAAUUCGUGGUCUCGAUGCAUCCGUCCAAUAAGGACGGAAAACCUUUCGAGCCCAACGACGAAGAUAUCCUCAAGCGACUUUACCAGAUGAUAGGCGACGACUCCGUUCCGAUCGAGAUUCUGUCAAGUUUUCGUUGGACGAUAAACGAUCAAGUCGCACGUUCCUGGCAGAAAGGAAACGUUAUCUGUAUUGGCGACGCUGUACACAGACACCCUCCCAUCAACGGCUUGGGUAGCAACACAUGCAUCAGCGAUGCCAUGAACGUUGCCUGGAAACUAGCCUAUGUCAUCAAAGGCGUCGCUGAUUCGUCAAUUCUCAGCUCCAUCACUGCAGAGAGGAAGCCGGUUGGAGAUGGUAUCGUUAGACGAGCAAACGAAGGAAUGGAAGAUCAGCGAACAUGGUGGAGUUUCAUCGGCUUGACCAAAGAUGAAAGAGCAGCGGCAGUUUCAUUGAUGGAACAGCCGACUCCGGAUGGUCGAAAACAGAGACAGAACUUUCGCGCAUCCUUGGAGAAGCUUGAUGAUGAGCUGAAUGCGCUGGGCAUACAGAUGAACCAGAUCUAUGCUGGCUCGCCACUAGUGCAUGCUGAAGCAGAUGAUGAACCACCUUCCAACGACCACAUCGACUUGGUCAAACAGCUUGCGGUAAGCACAUACCCUGGAUAUCAUCUACCGCAUGUCUGGCUUGCAGAGAAUGGCCAAUCCCAGAAAAUCUCAUCUCUAGACGUGUGUGGAAAUGACCGCUACACCCUGCUCACAGGUAUUGGAGGCGACGCUUGGGUGGAUGCUGCAAAGUCUCUUCAACAAGAUCGCCCCGGCGUUGUCGUCAAUGUAAUAUCAAUUGGCUGGCAUCAGGACUUCAUGGACGCUUAUGGUGAUUGGGAAAAGGUGCGUGGUGUCGAGGAAGAAGGGUGCGUGCUUGUAAGGCCGGACCACUUCGUCGCCUGGAGAUGCCGGACGAAGGCACAAGACCCGACAGCAAGACUUCGGAAUGUAUUCGAGAAAAUCUUGCCUUCUCCAGGAAUCAAGAGCUAGGAGCAAUGUCCUUGAUCUAGACCAUAGAUAAGAUACGGAUUGACUCUUGAAACACAGUGGUUAAGCCGCAUGGUAACCUCAAGGAUCUUUGUUGCUUGAAACACGGGAUCGCUGACGAAAGCCGCAAUUUGUGACCUGUACUUGGAACUUCCCAUCGGCGUUG